CGCCCUUCCCUUCCUCCGUGGGAUGGAGGAGACGCAGACUGUUCAGCUUAACAAAGAGAUGACGCUGGCCAGCAACCGGAGCCUGGCAGAGGCUAACCUUUUGUACCAGCCCCAACUGGACGCUCAGAAAGCUCGCCUGACCCAAAAAUACCAGGAGCUCCAGGUUCUCUUUGAGGCCUAUCAGAUAAAGAAGACCAAGCUAGAUAAACAGUCCAACAGUGCUUCCUUGGAGACCCUGUUAGCACUUCUUCAAGCAGAAGGAGCCAAGAUUGAGGAAGACACUGAGAACAUGGCAGAGAAGUUUCUGGAUGGGGAGCUGCCCCUGGAUGCCUUCAUCGACGUCUACCAGAGCAAGCGGAAGCUGGCUCACACGCGACGUGUAAAAGUGGAGAAGCUCCAGGAGCUGGUGCUGAAGGGACAGAGACUCCCCCAGGCCGGGGCCCCAGUACCUCCCAGGGUGCCCGAGCCAUCAACUGCCACCCCCCUGCCCUACCCGCCUCUGGAGGCCGCCGCCGGGCUCCCUUGUGUCAUGCCGCGGCGCAUCCCCCCACCUCCACCCCCAGUGCCUGCAGGACACGUAGCCACCCCGUUCACGGCUGCCAUGACAGGCUCAGGACAGGCGUCUCCAUACCCAGGAUUACAGUGCCCGCCUCUGCCCCCCAGGGUGGGCCUCCCCUCUCAGCAAGGAUUCUCGGCACAGCUGGUGUCACCGUACCCGCCAGCCCUGCCCCAGAGACCCCCUCCACGCCUGGCUCCACACCAGCCAGGCUUCAUCCUCCAGUGAGCUCCGCCGGGGUCUCUUCUUCCUGCAAGACACCCCCAUGCCUGCCGUGCCAGGCUCUGCAAACGGAGGCCGCGGAGUCCAGCAUCUGGGCCGGUGGCGUGGGUGCCCGGGACCAGUGUGUCCAUCUGACUUUAGAACUGUAGGUCCGUGGUAAGUAAUAGAGAAGGAGUUUUGUGGACCAAGGGGGUUCUGUUGGUGCCAGGCCACAGGCCCGUUCAUCACAUCAGUCUGUGCUCCGGGUGUGAUUUCUAAGUAUCUAGUGUUGAUGGACUUGAGCAUUUGGGAAGAGAAACCUCCCCCCUCCGAUUUAGAAUCACGGCCCUCCGGUUGCAGUUUUAUUUAAUAAGCAUGGUUAACGAUAUCUGUUUCAUUUUCAAGUCUUGGCCCGCCAGCUGCUGUGGCGCUGUGAGGCCUGGUUUGCACGGGCCGGCCUGGCCGGGCAGCUGGGCUGUGGUCUGUGCCAGCAGGCCAUCGGUCCCUUCUCCCUCCCGCCAGACUGGAUGCUCUCCUGGUUCAAGGCCGUGGGCAGGCUUUGCACUUGGCUGCUGUGUGCAGAGGCCAGGAGAGCUGUGGCUCUGGGUGGGAGGCCAGUGUGAGCUGGACUUUGCCUCCCCUCACACCUCAAGCCUCAUGACGGUUUCUGUGAAAAAAAUACUCCGUGUUUUUACUACACUUGUAAUUUUCCUGUUUUAUAUUUGGAAAGAAAACUUUUGACACUCUCAAGACCAUUCAGGGAAACUUUUUAAAAAAAAUGCAGAUACUGUUUCGAGCUGGUUCAAAAUGCAGAUUUAUUGAGUGCCGCCGCUUCCUGUCCGGAGAGCAGUGCACGGUCCCGUCGGCCAGUGCCCGCGCUGUGCCUUAGCUUCACUUGGUGCCAGGACUCAGAUGCCCGCAGUGUGCCGGCCAUGGCUGCCCUGUUGGGCCCCCAGUUAGGCAGGGCCCUGGCGGUCCUCCCUGCUCUGUGAUUGGUCAGAGAAGGCCCAUCCACCUUCAACCGGGGUACUCCCGGACAGUGUUCUCUGCCAUCGCUGAGUGCUGGGGUGUUGGCCGAGGGCGUGGGAGGGCCUUGGGGAAGCCCCCCUCACGGGAUUGGCAGCAGCGGCUCCUUCCUUUCUGGGAUCUCAUCUGCGGGUGCCAUAUGCAGAGUUCCCAGGCCCAGGUCGGGGAGGGGCAGCACCAUCCCUGCUCCCGGAAGAGGGCUGUGUGCCUGUGGGCAGACCUUAGAGCCACCCCUCACCCUGCCAGCUGGCUGCCACCCAAGGUGACAGAGUCAAGGCAGAGCUGGUUAGAGAGCCUGUCCCUGGCAGGGAGGGACACCAGCCUUUGUCCCCAAGUCCUGUCCUCUGAUCAUGGACUUGGACUCCUCCCCCCCGGAACUGUUCUAUAAAGAGACAAAGCUGUAUACCACCUUGAUUCCACUGCCACCAGGAACGCCCCGGAUUCGAGCUCCAGGUGGAGUGGGAAGGGGCUGCCAGGCUGACCUUGCCAUCACUGCCCAGGGCCACAGCUGGCACAGGGUUGUAAAACUGUAGAACUCUUAAUAAAUUGAGAAUUAUUCGUUUCA